UGUUCUUUGGGUUAUCCCUUCAAUCGAUUGAACAACAUUCAAAAACAAAAACACAACAAACAUAAGUCCUUCCAAAAAAAAAUACGUUUUUUCGAUUGCUAUCAGCAAUUUAAGCUUUUAAAUGUUUACAACCGUGUAAUAAUUCUAGUCCACCUGUCUGUUUAACUAUUGAAAGUGUAAUUUAAGUACGACUUACCUUACAACAAAUGUCGAAACUUCCAAAGGCAGCACUUAGCCUGAAGCAGUUUAUGCUGCGGCAGGAGGUGCUCAAACUCUACCGGACCAUAUUCCGCACCAUCCGCCAGGUGCCGGACGCGAGCAGCCGGCGCGAGUUACGCGACUGGGCGCGGGCCGACUUUCGCAACAAUCGCAAUCAAACGGACGAGCUGGCGAUCAAGAUGCUGCUGCAGCAUGGCAAUCGUAGCUUGAAGGAGCUACAGACAAGCCUCGAGCUUAGUGGAACGGGCCUCACGGACACGGCCAGCCAUUCGGACGCAACAAAGCGCAGCUAG